UCCUGAUAUAUAUAUAUAUAUAUAUAUAUAAGAGAUCUAUCGAUGGAAAGUCUCCAGAUGAAAUCAAAUAUUUUCCUCUUUUUCAUAAUAAUCUGCCUAUCUUCUUCUUCUUCAUCAUUUCCGAUCAAAGUCUCUGUUUCCAUGGCGGAGGGUUCGAUUUCCACUCCAAUUCAAACCCUUCCUUCUGAAGAGGCAACCGUUCAAAUCAUUUACACAGAAAGGCCUACAGACGUUGAGCCCGAAACCUAUCACAUCCAAACCCUAGCUUCUGUCCUUGGAAGUGAGGAGGCCGCAAAAGAGGCGUUGCUGUACAGUUACAAGCACGCGGCUUCUGGAUUCUCAGCCAAGCUCACCCCCAAGCAGGUGGAGGAAAUUUCAAAGAAAGAAGGUGUUAUUCAGGUGGUUCCUAGUCAGAAACUACAACUGCAUGCUGGAGCUGGAAGAAUGCAUUUUUAAGGACUGAAUCUAGAGAAAAAGAGUAUUGCGCAACUACCCUUUUUUCAGUUAUAUGUUUGUGCAACUAUGAGUGUUAACAGAACUUGAAUGAACUCGUUUGUUUGAUCGAAUAAAGAGCUUAUACUCUGAUAUUAUAUAUGUAAAAGAAAGAAGAUUUACUGUGUAUAAUUUGUCUCAUAAGUUUAAUUUC